GAACGAUUGGAAUAUAGCUACCAUGGCAACUUCGCCCAUCGCAUCCGUCCUUAUUUUUCUUGCUUUCACUCUGCAUGGAACAUCAGCAUGUUCUUGUGUCGAGCCACCAACUUUCUGCUCCUCGGAAUUCGGUGUUAAAGGGACUCUUGUGAAAAUCGAAGGCAACCAAACGUUAUUCGAAGAUCUUGUCUACAGUGUGCGGGUACUUGAAGUGUACCAUGAUUCGUCUGAAGUCAUUCAAGUGAGUACGACCAUUAACAUCACGACUCCAGGCGACUCUUGCGGGAUCUUUUUCUUGUCAGAGGGCGUGACGUACCUGAUUUCAGGAGUUAUCUACAGCGGAUCAUAUACGGUAAUGCAUUGUCUAUCUGUCGUGGUGCCAUAUAGUGCCUUAAGUAAUGUGGGUAUUCCAUGUUCAGAGUCGCCGACGACAACCACACCACAUGUAACGACGAUCCCCUCAUCAUCGACGACAACCAAACCACACGUAACGACGAUCCUCUCAUCGCCAACUACAACCCCCGAACCAACGACGACAACCACCACGCCGACAUCCAAUCCCUCAUCGCAUACGAUGACCCCCACAUCGUUGACAUCUGCGAC